CACAGGGAACUCCAAAUCUUUUUUGCAUCGCAGGGGCGAGAGAGCGAGCGAUGGAGAGGGAGGUAGCGAGCUUGGAGAAGGGCGCCGUUUGCUGCGCUUGGAACUACUGCGGACAGAGGAUUGCCGUGGGCCACAUCGAUGGCUCUGUUUCCAUCCACGACUCCCAUGAUUAUCCCGCCGCCCCCUCCUCCUCUUCCAAAUGGAAGGCGCAUUCUAGCUCCGUUGUGAAGGUCGUCUGGACUCCUCCAGAGUGUGGAGAUGCCAUAGCUUGCAUCUGCGAAGAUGGAAAGUUUUCAUUAUGGGAGGAGAUCGAUGAAGAUACUCAAUGUCCAACAUGGAAGCUUUGUAAACUCUUCGAGAAUAGUGGUUCUCAUGUACUUGAACUUCAAUUUGGAGUAUUUGUGACCAAUCUGAAGAUGGUUGCUGCUUAUUCAUAUGGUCAUGUGAAAGUCUAUGAAUUAAUGGAUCCUUUGAAUUUGGACAAAUGGCAGCUUCAGGCAGAAUUCCAGAACGUGCUUGCUUCUGUUUCUAGAUUUGGAAAGGCUUCAUGCAAAUCUGCAUCUAUUGCUUGGAAUCCUCAUAGGAUUGAAAGCCAGCAGUCUAGUUUUGUCCUUGGUUUCAGUUCAGAUCAACCUCAGUUGAAUUCAUCCAAGAUUUGGGUGUUUGAAGAGGCUCAUCAGCGUUGGGUAUCAGUUGCUGAACUAGCUUUACCUGAAGACGACAGUGAUAGGGUACAUGCUGUAGCCUGGGCUCCCAACAUAGGAAGGCCAUUUGAAAUUAUAGCAGUUGCGACUAGCAAGGCUAUUGCCAUAUGGCAUGUAGUUCUGGACCCUGAGUCGGAUGGAAGACUUCCAACUGAAAAGGUUGCAUUACUUGAGGGGCAUGACGGCGAGGUGUGGCAACUGGAGUGGGACAUGAGCGGAAUGACAUUGGCGUCAACAGGCAGCGAUGGCAUUGUUAGGUUAUGGCAGUCUAACAUGAAUGGGGUCUGGCAUGAACAGACGGUUCUUGAUUGUAAUGUUGCACAGUCGUAAUCACAUAUACUGCUGUAUCACUUAACUUGCUUUGUUCCUUCAGAUAUGCUUCAUGGAGGUCGAAAGAGAAGACAUUGCCGUUGACAUGCAAAAGUGGUGUUUGCUGAUGUUUUUGACUUGAGGCGCCUGUUUGAUCAACAUUCUCUUCUCUCGGUAGUUUGCAAUUCCUUUUGUGAUACUCUCGUGAUGCACAUUUGGUGGAGAUCAACUGCAGCUAAUUCUUAUUCGGAACUGCAUUUGCGAUGACCAAUAACCUUUUAUGGUCCAUUUUCUUAACAAGAUGUUACUAAUUUCUUGCACUAAGGUUUUCCAUUAGCUAGAGAGUUUUGAAGAUGUGAUAGUAAUGAUAAUCAUCAUUUAUAAGAAUUUGUUUUUGAAAAAAAAAUAGUUUACAAUAUUAA